AUGGCUUUGAUGGGUUGGGGUCAAGUAUUAGAUCAUUUGGAGAUACAUCCCGAUAUAAUUAUUUGUACAAGGUGGGGACACAACAGAGCUCUGAUGUUAACUUAUUUUGACCACCUUAGUUUUUCAUUACUUCAAACUAUUAUCUUUUCUUCAGAUUUUUGUGGCGCCAAAAUGCUACUUUUGCAAUCUCAAGACACUACAGACGCUUUGACGUGUUUGUGGAGGCUGAAGCUAACAAAGCUGCAGGAAAAUAUGACAACGCCUCUAUUGAUUACCAGAUGGAAUUUUAAAGGAAUGUCCGAGACCAAGCUUCCUAUAACUAGUGAUGUUCCUGAAGGCUGCACCAUAAUAAGGGAGCACAUUCCCAUUACAAAUCUAUUCACCUGCCUAUGGUUCAAUGAAGUAGAUGAUUUUACUUCGAGGGAUCAGUGUGUAUUUCGUGUUGCAUAUUGUGGUGAUUGGAAGAUCGGUUCUAUGCAUUAUCAUAAGAGCUUAUUCUCUGGGGACUUGACUCUCAAGUGGUUUAUUGAGGCCAAAGAGUGA